AUGACUUCCUCAAUCCAACCAGGAGACCACAAGGCCUACAUGCGCCUUGCCCUCUCUCUGGCCCAAAAGUCUCCACCAAAACCAACAAACUACCGCGUUGGAGCCGUGGUCGUGGAUGUCCCCUCCAACACCAUCCUGGCGACUGGGUACACCUUGGAACUAGAGGGCAACACCCACGCCGAGCAAUGUUGUUUCAUGAAACUGGCUCAACAACAUGGUGUUUCCGAGGAGAAGCUGGCUGAGGUACUUCCCUCGAACUUGGCACUUUACACCACCGUUGAGCCCUGCUCCAAACGUUUGAGCGGGAACUUGCCAUGUGUCGAGAGGGUGCUUAGGAUGGCUGGGUGCAUCAAGACGGUCUAUGUUGGGAUCUUGGAGCCGGAGAAAUUUGUUCAGGAGAACACGGGCAGGAAAUCUUUGAAGGAUGCGGGAAUCGAGGUGGUGCAUGUUGAGGGCAUGGAGAAGGAGAUUCUGGAGGUUGCGACUGCGGGGCAUGUCAAGGAGUGA